GUUCUUUAGUGUGGGUCGAAACAUACUGCAUUGGUGUUUUUGCAAUAACUUGAUAAUCGCGCUGAGUCACUCAAGAUCAUGGUCAAGCAAGGACAAAGUACUCGAAUUCAAUACAAAUACUCGAUCAGCUCCUCAUAUCAUCCUUCAUCUCAAACUACCAUUCAAAAUGUCGUCUCCCAGAGUCGCAAUCAUCAUUUACUCCAUGUACGGCCAUAUCGCCAAGUUGGCCGAGUCCGUCAAGAGUGGUGUCGAAUCUGCUGGCGGCACCACCACCAUCUACCAGAUCGGCGAAACUUUACCCGCGGAAGUCCUUGCAAAGAUGCAUGCUCCUGCAAAGCCGAAUUAUCCUAUCAUCGCACCAAGUGACCUUGCCAACUUUGAUGCCUUUAUCUUCGGUGUCCCUACUCGUUAUGGCAAUUUCCCCGCCCAGUGGAAAGCUUUCUGGGACGCAACUGGUGGGUUGUGGGUCAGUGGUGCCUUGGCCGGCAAAUUCGCGGGUGUCUUCGUUUCUACCGGCACUCCAGGUGGAGGACAGGAAGCUACCGUCAUCAACUCCCUUUCUACUCUCUCUCAUCACGGAAUCAUCUACGUUCCCCUGGGUUACAAAACCACUUUUGCACUACUCUCUAACAUGACUGAAGUUCGCGGUGGUUCCCCUUGGGGUGCAGGCACUUACGCUGGGCCUGAUGGCUCACGCCAGCCUACAGCCCUCGAACUAGAGCUCGCUACCCUCCAAGGCAAGGGCUUCUGGGAGACCGUUUCCAAGUACAAUUUCUAAAACCAUAUAUAAACAUGCAUACAGUAUUCGAAAAGUUUUGUAGUAAUAGGUACCAUCCGUGGAACAGGGAUCAACUUUGACGCGUGAACCAUUGCUCGCUUAGUCCAGGGUUGUUGCGCGUUGUUUGACUGGAAACAACUCCUGAUAUCGCCGUGUGCGUACUUGGACUUGAGGAGCAGUCUUUAGUCGCAGUCACUGUAUGCGUAUAUGCAACACUUUCAUACAAGUAGUCGCGCAACUAAAUUUCAUCCACAAUACUAGACUGCCCUUUCGAUCACCAGCAGUCGCAGCGGUAGUCUUCGGCGGUUCUUAUGUUUCAGCUCCGAUAAACACACGGGACGUCAAGAAAGCCUCAAAUAAGCGCAGAUCGUUUUCGAACAACAGGGGAACUUAC